GUGUUGUGAGUGGCACGAGUUUCUUCACCAUGACGACAAUAUUGUAGCUGCAAUGGUCAUUUGUUGUACUGUAAAAUUAUAGACCAGAAACUGAAUUUAUAGCUGACAUAUUAACGUAUCAGAAUGUCAGAUUUGGAAGCGCAGGUUGGCUCCAUUUUGGAGAUAAUGGUGAAUACGACGGUAACCGAAAUGACCAAAGUUAUCGGCGGCUCCGCUUCAACACACCCACAAGUGUCCUCAUGUACAACUGAAAACACACCCGGGCCCUCAGAGGAGAAGGUGAUUCAGUUCAGUGUCUUCAUGACAUCUCUGGCUCGAGAAGCUGUGGAGAAGAUCUGCCAGCUCUUCCAUGACUGCUCCUCUCUGCUGCAGUUAGAGGUGACACGGGGUGUUGCAGAAAUCGAGGACCUGAGGCGGAGACUGGAGGUGGCAGAGACGGAGCUGAAGCUGGUACUGGAGGGCAGCGGUGGUCAGAAGGAGGUAGAAGAGCUGACAGAGGGAAGCAGUGGAGAGAAGGAGGACAGUGGGGCUCCAACCAACGGCGCAGAGGGAGAGACUGUUCAUAGCCAGCGCUCAGGGAGGAAGUGUCGCAGAGUUGUUGCAAGCGGUGAUGCUGGAGUGAAGAGAUCACCUAUAAUUCACCUGUGGAAAGGCAGAACUUAUGAGGACUGUGUCCAACCUGUGAUAAUAAAGGAGGAGGGAUUGGAGGCUUUUGCAGACCAGGCGUCCUCUGAUUCUGGUCAGUUCAAAGAUGACUUGGGCCAGGACGAUGAUGACGACCCAGACUACCAGUUGGAACCAGAAGAUCCAGAUGAAGGUGACCCAGGAUUCCCCACCAGACCUAAACGUGUCACAAAGCCCAAGUCCCAUCGAGGUCGAGCAAAGAAGGAGAGUCACAGCCAGAACCAGCAGCCUCUGAGCUGCAAACACUGCAGAAAAACCUUCACCAAACUGCUGCAGCUGAAAGCCCACCAGGCCGUCCACGGGGCGAACGCAGAGAAGCCCUUCAUCUGCUCUCAGUGUGGCAGAGGCUUUUCAUUCCAGCGAAGCCUCAAUGCACACAUGCUGCUUCACACAGGUGAGAGACCACACACCUGUGAUGUUUGUGGAAAGGGUUUCACCUUGAAGCAGCUGCUGAGGAACCACCAGCGUCUCCACGCUGAGGUGCGGCCGUUUCGCUGUGAACAAUGCGGAAAGAGCUUCUAUCGAGCCCACGGCCUGAAAAUGCAUCAGAUGGUCCACACAGGAGAGCGGGCCUAUAACUGCCAGUACUGCAACAAAAGCUUCACAAUACAAGGUAACCUGCAGCGCCACCUGCGAAUACACACAGGGGAAAAGCCAUUCAGGUGCGAGACUUGUGGCAAAAGCUUCAACCAGGCUGACACUCUGAAAGGCCAUCAGCGGAUACACACUGGUGAGCGUCCCUUCAGCUGUGAGACCUGUGGCAAAUGUUUCAUCCAGAAGAGUGCCUUGAAAAUGCACCAGAAGACUCACUCUCACUCGGGCAUGAAGUCGCUGGCAUGCGUAGCGUGCAGCACUAUAGUGGCCUGUGUCGACUCGCUCCGCAAACAUCUCCAGACACAUGCGGCGACUAUUCCGUGUACGUGUGUGCUCUGCGGCAGGCGGCUCAACUCCAUUACUGACUUGCGCUCGCAUCAGCAGCACCACACAGUGGACAGGCCUCACAGCUGCACACUCUGUGGAAAGAGUUUCAAGUCAUCCAGUUACCUGAAGAUUCACCUGAAGGCGCACAGCGGAGAGAGGCCCUUCUCCUGCGACAUCUGCGGUCGCAUGUUUACACAGCACAGCAGCCUUAAAUCACACCAGGUUGUCCACACAGGAGAGAAACCGUUCAGCUGUGACACAUGCGGGAAAUGCUUUAGCAACACAGGAAACCUGAACAGACACCAGCGCAUCCACACUGGGGAGAAGCCGUUCAGCUGUGACACGUGUGGACGCAGCUUCAACCAGGGCAACAGCCUAAAAGCCCACCAGCAGAUACACACCGGGGAGAAACAGUUUAUGUGCGAUAAGUGUGGCAAGAGUUUUUCCUACCUGAGGAACCUGAAAGACCACAAGUGUUUCUACAUCUGAAGCUAAACUGUGACAAGACGUCUGCUCUGGUGACAGAGCGCAUGACGUAAGCUUCCCGUACCUGUUGAUUGAUGGCCGUAGCUACACUGUGGGGUUCGGAUUAGUGAACAAAUAAAUGAAUAACCUUUUAGUUGAAGCUGGAGACUGUUACUGUGUACAUGAUCAUUCUUAAAGGUUCAAGAGGCUUAGGUGAGCACCUUUUUGUGCUUAAAAUGUAAAGGUCCAGUGUGUAGGAUUUAGGGGGAUAUGUUAGCAGAAAUUAAAUAUAGUAAGUAUGUUUUCUUUAGUGUAUAAUCACCUGGAGAAUAGUUUGUUUUGGAGAGGACCUCUGCUGAUAAUUAGGCUCCGAGUAAAAACCUCCUGAACGAUGAACACUGAUUGAAUCCUAACCGGGAGUUCAUGCUUGGCACAUGGGAGAAGUUUUUGCCGGUUGCAAUCUGCAGUUGUCACCACUAGAUGACACUAAAUCCUACACACGGCUCCUUAAUGAAUAUAAGGCAUUACCUGCCACCAGACAGACUUACGGUGAGUGAGUCAGGUACGACAGCUUGAAUAAGGUACUAGAGAUUUUGGAAAGAACUGCUGGUAAAUGACUGGGCACAGUCAGAACUACUUAGAAACAAGCAUGUGGUGCCCUACAUUGAAAACAUGGAUAAAAGAAAGAUAACAUGCAACAUUUAUAUGUGGGAAUAACUGACAAUUUACAUUAACAGUUUGCAUUUCAUUGGAGGCAUCUGCAUGUACGGAGAGCCUUUUAGGCUACGUUCACAUUACAGGCAAAUGUGGC